GCUGGUGUGUGUUUAGGGGGCGGGGUGGUUUAAGCGUGUAAAUCUCGCUUACUUAAGUUAGGUCUGUGUGUGCUUGAGAGUUCUCGGAGGUCGAGCGUGUUCUAGUUUUAGUAUUUUUUCUUAGAUGGGAGUGAGUUCGUUUCUCAUAAAUGUCCUUGAAGUUUUGUUUUAGUAUCACCGCCAUCUAAACUUUUUACUUGGGACGUUUGUGCACACUAUUCUUAGCCGUUCUCCAAGAACGCAGCGAUUUAUCGGUUAAUUGUGAAGUAUUUUAGUAUUAGUGUGUGUUCGUGAGGAUGUUGAAGGGUAAAGGACAAACUCCGCAUCCGUUCGUUCAUGAAGUGAAUCUAACAGCUGCUCAGCGGAUUCAGGGAAUCAUUCUGGGCGUAGUUCUGUUUCCCGUCCGCGUCACCCUCGCCACCCUCUUCUUCCUGCUCAUGUGGCCCAUCGCUCGCCUGCGAUUGGCCGGUCUGUCAGAGGCGGAGCGGGCGGAGCCUGUGCAGGGUUGGCGUCGUUGGCUCUUCCAUCACAUCAUUCUCUUCCUCAGCCGGGCCGUCUUCUUCUCUGUGGGCUUCCUGUGGAUUAAAGUCAAAGGGCGUCAGGCGGGCCUGAAGGAAGCUCCGGUCCUGGCGGUGGCGCCUCACAGUGGGUUCUUGGACAUGCUGGUGCUGUGUGCGACGGGCCUGCCGAUCGUUGUGUCGCGUUCGGAGAACUACAAACUACCUGUUGUAGGAGCGCUGUUGGAGUUUAAUCAGUCAGUGUUGGUGAGUCGGAAAGACCCUGAAUCCAGGAAGAAAUGUGUGUCUCAGAUCCGUGAGAGAGUCACAUCUGAUGGCCGCUGGCCUCAGAUGCUCAUGUUUCCAGAAGGAACAACAACUAAUGGCCAAGCUCUUAUCAAAUUCAAACCUGGUGCGUUUCUGGCUGGAGUUCCUGUUCAGCCCGUCUUGCUUCACUAUCCCAGUGAUCCGGACACAGUUCGGUGGACUUGGAAAGGUUUGUCGUGGCUCGGCGCUCUCUGGCACACCACCUCUCAGAUCUACACCAGUGUUACUGUGGAGUUCCUGCCCGUCUACACGCCGUCACAGCAGGAGAAGGAAGACCCGGACUUAUAUGCUGAGAAUGUACAGAAACUCAUGGCCAAAGCUCUCGGCGUUCCUGCCACCGAUUAUGUGAUGGAGGGUCGUUUUCCUGUUAAAAAGCUCGGAAACCUCUCACUUCCGCUGGAACCUCCGGCUCAGGAAACCCUCAAACUGCUCCAUAAACACGGUGUUACGAAAACUCGAGUGGAAACCGUGAUGAACGAAAUGAUUAACAGCUGUUAUUCAGGCCAGAGCGCCACGGUAACAGCCGAUCACCUGACCUCUCUUUUGGGGCUCACGGACAGAACGACGGCAGUGAAGAUCUGCUCACUCUACUCAAAGGACGAUACGGUGGACAUGAGGCAGGUUUGUCUGAGCGUGUCAGCUGUGUCUGGCUUCAGGAGUCUGGAGUCUCUCAUACACACGGCGUUCACGUGGUACGACACUGACCAGGAUGGGCUGCUGAGCGUAGAUGAUCUGUCCGGCCUGAUGGGGGCGCUGGUGGGAAUCCCGCAGUGCUCUGUUGGAGAGAUGUACUCGGCGCUGACCAGCAGAGGGCGACCUACUGAAGCUUCUCUGCAAGACUUAUUGAGGACGCAUCCAGUUUAUCGGAAAGUGCUUACGGAGUAUCUCCACUCCAGUGGGCUCGCUGACGGAAAUCACAAUGGAAUUCCCAAUGGGAAGGUCAACGGCAACAACAACGGGAUCUAUAAUGGCUACAGAGCGACCGAUAGGAAGUUGGACUAAGGAGCGUCACUUAUCGCAAUACUGGGACGAACAGCCGCAAAUGUGCGUCGUCUUUAUGCCGAGCUGACAGACAGUCCGACCGACCGCAUGUGCAAUAACUAACGUGGACUGUGUGAGAUGUGAAGCUGUGUGAAUAUCUAGUGUGUGAAAGGGUAACGUUUACGUGACUAUUUCUUUGUCCUGUUUUCAUGUGAAUCUUGGUGCUGGGAAUGAUACUGUGAGAAUUUACCACUAAAUGAAUGUGCCUUGAAACAAAUACCUUUAUAUUUUAUAAUGAUCAUGUCUGAAGGAUCUGUAUGUGUAUUUAAAAGUGUAUAUUUUUGUUAUUUUAAACAUUGUAUAUUGGAAAACCCAAAGACAUUUGUACUGUCAAAGACUUCUGCUGACGUGUCAUAUUAUUUUAUACUUUAAUAUAUUAAAAUUCUUAAAGACG